AUGCCCGUCCCAAUUCUCAGCGAACCUCCCGGUAAACCCGACUCCAGCUACGUGCUCCCCGUCUUCAAUGGCGAACUCUGGACAAUCCCCACCUCAAACUCGGUCAUGCGCAUGCUCGUCACCGAAAAAGAAUCCAAAGGCGACUUUGCCGUGGUAACCACAGGCGGCCAACACGACAACCCAAUCGGCUUCCACUACCACCGCGAUGCCCACGAUGUAUUCCUCUGCACCAAAGGAAGCAUGAACGUCUGGGCCAAUGAUUCUGCUCGCACACUGCUACCUGGCGAUUUUGCCUCCGUGCCNCCCAAUGUGGUGCAUCAAUACCAAAUUCUGGGCACACACACCGAGUUUGCAGGUCUCAUUGUUCCCGGCGGCUGGGAAGAGUUUUUCAGAUUCAUUGGCGAGCCAUUCGCUACUUCGCCCAUGGGACCUCUGUUCCCUACCCGCGACAACAGAAACCCCAUGGAGGUGUUGGUCCCCAAACUCAUCGCCGCAACCGAGAAAUUCGACAUGGUGCCUAAGCGCGACCACAAAGGUGCUGAACCCACUCUGUGCACACAAGAAGACAGCAAACUCAGCAACUCGGCAACAACACCAUACUUCCUCAAGUCAGAUGCAGGACCUAGGUAUGCAAGUGGUGGCUUGCUCGUAAAACCUCUCUGCCAAAAGGCAGAUUCGAAUGGCAAAUUCAGCAUUGCAAGACUCGAGGGUUCGGCAGCGAUAAAGUCGCAGUACUUGGCUUACAAUACUCUCACCUUUGCCACCUCGCACCACUGCUUCUUGGUCGAUAUGGGAAGCUUCCGCUUGACUGUCGCUGGCCAAGGCUCAGAGAUUAGUGCUGGAGAGACCAUUUUUGUUCCUGCGGGUCAGGAGUUCACCCUCGAAGUUGCGAGCAGAUAUGCUGCAUUGUAUGUAUUCACCAACGGAGGAGGCUUAGUAGAGUUGUUGGUGGGUAUGGGCAAGGAAUACCAGAGCCAGAUCAUUGCCGAAGACUUCCCCACCGAUGCUGGUGAGGUUGAUGGACUUGCGGAGAAGGUCGGUGUCAAGGUCGGAGAGACUUCCUGA